UCCAGUCGUCCUCUCCUUUUCCUGAGAGGAGCAGCAGAGUAGGAGGCCACAUCGACAUCUCUCUGAUUUUGGAUUACAACUAGAUGAACACGGCCUCUGCAUGAGUAAAGGACGGCCAUCUGAAAGGAAAACCAUCACAGUUAGAUUGUGGAUGAGUGAUCAAGGAUUAAAAAAACAAAACAUAAGCUUCCUUGGAUCUGGAAUCUAGAUAGGAAUCCACUCAAUAAGAAGCCGUGCAAUGCAGAUCCGCGUGGUCCAGAUCUGGGGUUUCCUGCUGUCGGUGCUGGGCUGGAUCUUUGUGGCCUGCACUAUGGCUAUGGAGGGCUGGAAGAUCACCUCCAUUGGGGGCAUGGGGGGCUCUUCCAUAAUCAAGGUCGCCUGGUACUGGUCCAGCCUGUGGAGAUCCUGCUUUACGGACUCAACCGCUGUCAGCAACUGUUACGACUACCCCGUGCUCUGGUCUGUGGAGGGUCACAUCCAGAUAGUGCGAGGCCUGCUGAUGGCCGCUCUCACCCUGGGCAUGCUGGGGUUUGUGCUCAGUCUGUUGGGUAUGGAAUGCACCUUCAUUGGGGGAAAAGACCGGUCAAAGUACAAGAAGAUCUACGCUGGUGGAUGGUGCCACAUAGUCAGCGGUUUGCUGUCCAUAUGUGGGUACGCUGUUUACGCACAGUAUGUCUCAGUAGAAUACUUCAACCCUGACUUUAAUGGACUGAAGUAUGACCUUGGCACCCCGCUGUUCCUGGGCUGGGUUGGCUCAGCUUUGCACAUGACUGGUGGUUUUUUCUACCUAUGGUCUGUGUGCACGCCGCUCUGUAGCAGAGAGGACACGGUAAUCAACGUUCGCCCACUACCAGAUCCUGAGCAAAACAAGUCCACCACUGCUCUGUCCACCGUGUCUGAGAUCACCUCCAAGACCAAAGUGUCCUCUGUUUCCGAGCUGUCGUCCAGGUCUGAGCGCUCAGACGUGUCCGGCAUAUCCUCAGGAUCAGAACGCACAGCCAAGUCAGGGAGGUCGUCGAAGACUGGACGAACUACCAGGUCUGCAGGGUCGAAGUCCGGAUCAGGAUCGGGGUCAGGGUCAGGGUCGGAGUCCGGCCUAUCGUCGAGGUCCAGCAUAUCAACUUUGUCUGAGUCAAGGAGCAGCAGCAGCAGCCGCACAGUGUCGUCACUGUCGGGCAGUUCAAGGAGCGAGACGACACCGUUCAUCAAAAACUCUUAUAUCUGAAUAAAUGUGACACAUGAUGAUGUGAAGGACAGAUGUUAAUGAAUGUGAAAAGCAGGUGAUCUG